AUGGGUAAAAAAAAACAUUCAUUUGAAGAUGAACAAAAAGAUAAAACUAGUAAAAAAAAUCAACAAGAGGAACUUGAAUAUGCAGAAAUGCCAACCGGAUGGAAAGAACCACCAUUCACUAAAGAAGAUAAUCCUCAUGGACUUGUUGCUGAAAGUUCAUUUGCAACUUUAUUUCCAAAAUAUCGUGAAAAAUAUCUUCAAGAAUGUUGGCCAUUAGUCAAAACUGAAUUAUCAAAAUAUGGUAUUAAAGCUGAACUUGAUCUGGUCGAAGGUAGUAUGACUGUUCGAACAACACGUGAUGCAUAUGAUCCUUAUAUGAUUAUUCGAGCACGAGAUUUAAUUAAACUACUUGCUAGAAGUGUUCCUUAUGAACAAACAGUUAGAAUUUUACAAGAUGAUAAUGUAUGUGAUAUUAUUAAGAUUAGUUCAUUUGUUCGUAAUAGAGAACGUUUUGUUAAAAGAAGACAACGAUUAAUUGGUGCAAAUGGAUCAACACUUAAAGCUAUUGAACUUCUAACAAAUUGUUAUAUUCUUGUUCAUGGUAAUACAGUGACUGCUAUUGGACCUCAUCAAGGUAUUCGACAGGUUAGAAAAAUAGUCGAAGAAACAAUGCAAAAUAUUCAUCCAAUUUAUAAUAUAAAAACAUUAAUGAUAAAACAAGAAUUAGCUAAAGAUCCAAAAUUAAAAAGUGAAUCUUGGGAUCGUUUUCUUCCGAAAUUUAAAUCGAAAAAUCUUUCUAAACGUUAUAAACCUCAUAAAAUUCGUGUUACUAAGCCAUAUACGCCAUUUCCUCCACCACAACCUUUAUCAAAAAUUGAUAAAGAACUUGAAAGUGGUGAAUAUUUUUCUAGAGAAGCUGAACGUCGUCAGAAAAAGUCUGAAAAACAUCAAGUUAAAUUGGAUAAAAAUACUGAAGUAUCAUUACAACGAAAGAAAGAAAAACGAGAAAAAGAAUUCAUACCACCUAUUGAAAAACAAUCUAAUUUCAAACAACAACCAACAACAACUGAUGAUACAUCAAAAUUAGUUAAGAAUGUCAAGAAGAAACUAAAACGUUUACAAGCCGAUUAA